AUGGCCAAUCCCUCUCACCUAUUCAUUGGCAUUAAUGGUUUGGAUCUACAAGGACCGGUGUUUCUUCACGAACCCGCACAUCGUGUUGAAUUCUCAAAUAACUCAGGUGGACUUAUUGAAUGUUCAGGACACGGUAGUCCGCCACCAGAGGUCGAAUGGACUCCCAUACCACCACAACAGGACAUGGUGGUACAAACAUCCAAUGGCAGCUUAAUGUUUUAUCCGUUUACAGCUGAAAAAUUUCGCCAUGAAGUUCAUUCGAGUGUUUAUAGAUGUAAAUUGAGAAAUCUUGUCGGCACGGUAUUAAGUCGUGAGGUUCAUGUUAAAGGCGGUAAGUUAGAUACAUUAAUUUUAAUAUUUUUUAUUUAAACUAUUUACUUCUUAAAAUUUUGACUUCCUUUUAAUGUUCAGCAAUUUAGUUUUUAUUUUAGUGUUGAAAUUAUAAUAUUCUGUAGUUUUUUACUCAAAUGGCAUGUUAUUAAACAAUUUGCCUUAAAAUUUGAACAGAUUGAUCAUUUUUUUUUAUUUUUUGACUACCACAACAAAUUGCCAGUGAUAAAAAAACAUAAAAAUAAUAAACUUAAGAAAUCUCUGCCACAAAAUCUUAAGAAGAACACACAAAAUCACUGAGACGUUAAAUCAUGUUGGUCAUGUCUUUUAUUAAUGUUGAAAGAAAAAUAAACUAACAUAAACACACAUACACUUACUUGCGCGUAUAUACAUAUAUACACACACAUAAAUUACUUGUAGUAGUAGAUGACAAGACAACAACAUCAAUUCAGGACACAUUAAAGUCUUAAAAAAUAAAAGAAAAACAAGACAAUAAUGAUGGUUAUCAAGGAGAGAAAAACAACAAAUGCUCACUGACUCACACUCACUAACAAAGAAACGAACACAUAAUAUUAAUGUUAACAAGUAGC